CUCCAAAUGCUCACUUCCUUGCGCUUCUUCAUAGUGACCAAAACCCAAUAAGAAAGUAAAAGGAAAAAUGCAUUAAAUAUAUAAGAUAAAGAAACCAAGGUCAUUUGAUGCGAACGGGAACGGCCGUAGCUGAAGAAGCAAGGAAAAAAGCUCAAAACUUUUCACAUCUCAAUAUCCCAGCUCAUUUCACCUAGAAUCUCAAACUAAUUUGUGGACUUGCGAGAUAAAGCCCGGUUCAGAGCCACCAUUGUCACAAGUCCCACAAACUCAGCCUCAAAGAAGACGAAAAGGGCCUUGGUGGAGUACAAGAGCUUGGUCACCGAAGACGGCUCGCAGCAGCUCAAAGAGUACGUUGAUUCGGCUUACUUGAGGCCUGUACCGCCUCCAUUGGGUGACCAAAACUCCAAAACUCCAAAACUUUGAGGAGGGUGAUGUGGUCGAUGCGGAUUAUAAAGAUGGUGACAACAAUUCCAAGUACAGAGUGGUGUUUGAAAACCCUCCAGAUUUGAUUGAAUUUGAGAGAGAGCGUCUCAGAUUGCAUCAAGAUUGGGAUGCUGGCAAAUGGGUUCGGCCCAAUAAGCAGUUUGGUGCUUCCAUUAACAAAACCCAGAUGAUUUUCCAGAAAUUAUUCGAAUCCCUGGCUGAAAUUAUGAAUGGAUGCUUGUAGGUUGUACAUGGUAAUGGCGGCUGCAGUUACAUCUGGUAACUAUCCAAAAAGUGUUAAGCUUCAUUCUUCCAAGUUUGUCAGGUCCAGAGUUAUAGCUUUGGGUCUUUAUCCCAUGUUUUACAAACCUCCUCAUGCUUUUCGCCUGAAACUCAGUUCUAGCAGCUGUUUCUUCUGCAUACCUCAGCCUCUACUAGUGAACAAUUUCAAGAGGAUGACAUGGUCUAUCAGAAGCAGUGUGGAUAGCAGCGGGUUGGACCCAUCUCCAACAAAUGGCACUACUGGCACAACACGUUUAAUUAGGGCUAUCCAAGCUAUUCAAACCAAGUUAGGUGGCAAAAUUCGAGAGCUAAGGAGAGGUUUCCUAUUUAAAGUACUCUUCUUCUUAGUGGGUUUCUAUUGUGCAACUGCUUAUGCUACUGUGAUUGGGCAAACAGGCGACUGGGACAUUCUAUCUGCUGCCUUUGCUGUGGUUGUUGUGGAGGGGAUUGGAGCCCUCAUGUACAAGGCUUCUCUUCCUUUACUAAUGAAGACUAGGAGCCUGAUAACCAUGUUUAAUUAUUGGAAAGCUGGGCUUUCCAUGGGUCUCUUCUUGGAUUCAUUUAAAUAUGAGUUCAAUGACAUUUUUGGAUUCAGUAGCCCCUUCAAUUUUGAAUUUGAUGCAUUUUCAAUGUUCUUAUAACACGUGGCUCUUUCGAAUGCUGUUUACUGAAAUGGAGGAUUGAGAAAUUGUGAUUGGUAAACAUAGGUCGUGACCUGACUGCAAUAGUGGGCAUGGGGAUAAGAAAUGGUGGCAUGGGAGGGUGAACUCCGUCCCUCCACUUUUCCAUCUCUAUUCCCUACAUGAAGUUGAAAGCCUCGUACUUUGCAAGGGAUUUUCUGUGUACUGUCCAUGAAAACCAUAUUCUUGAACAAAUAUGAUUGCGGCUGCACUGGGAAAGAAGAAGACAGAGGAGGUUGGUGCAACCAUGAAGUUUAAGUCAACUGGAAAAAAGAUGCUCCUAAAGAUGGGAAGAAAGGGAAAAUUCAGUUUAUGCCAUGUUGGCAAGCAUGGACUAGAAACCCAAAUAAGCCCAAGAAACGAUCUCCCUUGAGUAGGAUGGCAAAAGGUGCUCCAAAACUUUCACCCUAUUCUGAUGGUAUUGAUCUCCCUUUCUCGGAUGAAGAAGAACAAGAGGAAGAAAAUGUAGACAAACAAAAUUUUAAGCCACUUGAUGCGUCCAUAACAGACGAGUUAAAAAUGCAUGAAAAGGACCUUGCUUCCCAUGCUGAUGAUUAGGCAAAACAGGAGGCCCUUAAAAAUGAUCAUGAUGCUUUCACUGUUGUUAUUUGAACAUGGUCUUUGGUAUGUGAUGGUGAAGAUGGCAAUGCUAAUGUCAAGGAUAUAAUAACAGAAGAUUUUUCUGUGUCGGCUCCAGGAAAGGAACUUCUAAAGAAUGCAUCAGUGAAGAUAUCACAUGGUAAGAGAUAUGGCUUGGUUGGGCCUAAUGGAAUGUGCAAGUGUACCCUCUUGAAGCUUCUUGCUUGGGGGAAGAUUCUAGUACCAAAAAGACAUUGAUGUGCUUUUGUUUGAAGAGGACACAGUUGGUGAUGAUGAUAGAACUGCUCUUGAAGCAGUUGUUUCAACUAAUGAAGAACUUUCAAAGCUCCCGAAAGAGGUUGAAACUUUGCAGAAUUCGGCUUCUGCUUUCAGCUGUGAAGAAGAGGGCGAUCAUGACGAUGAUGACAAUGCAGGAAAUAAGCUUGAGUUGUACGAAAAAUGGCAGUUCAUGGGGUCAUACGCUGCUGAAGCUCAAGGUUCAAAGUUUUUACUGGGUUGGGCUUCACAAAGGAUAUACAAGGUUUUCCCACUAAGUCAUUUAGUGGUGGUGGGGAGGAUGAGAAUUUAAUUAGCUAGGGCACUUUUUGAGCAAAAACUCUUUUGUUGCUUGAUGAACACACAAUCCCAUCUUGACUUGAGGGCUGUUCUCUGGUUGGCGUACUCGUGCCGCUGGAAGAAAAAAAUCAUGGGUUGUCUCACGUGAUGGAUUCCCUUAACUCAGUGUUCACUAAGAUUAUUCAUCUGCAUGAUCUGAAACUCCACUUCUACUGUGAUCUGGAUGAGAAGCAGAUUAAAGCUGCCAAAAGGAGAGGAAAUUGGGUUCAGCCAAAGUUUGUUGCGGCUAAGGAAAAGAACAAGGUCAACGGCAAGGUUGACGAUGAUGAAAGCCUCAGUUGUGGCCCCUAAGAAGUGGACGGAUAACAGUGUGGAGUUCCUGUUUCCUGAACCUACCAUCACUAAGCUCACAUCUUCACUUUUUGCAACUUGUUGAAGUCAGCUUCAGCUAUCCAAAUUGGGAAGAUUUCAAGCUGUAAAAUGUUAACGUCGGUGUUGAUGUGGGGUCUCAGUAUUGCCAUUGCUGGACCUAACAGCGGGGAAGUCUGGGAAAAGUGUGGUUAUAAUUAGUACAACAGAUUCCCCGUUCCUAGUCCAGCGAUGCACAAUGAAGUUUCCUGAAAGGGUCUUGACAGUUUGGCACAAAAGUUUCUAAUUUAAAAUGAAAUAAGGUACCCUGAUCCCUGAAGUGUUCAAAUCUGAGGCCUGAAAAUUGCAUCAUACUGCAGGAAGGGUACUUGACAUCUAAGCAUUUAAAAUACGAAAUACGCCAGCAAGCAAUUGUAUUGUGUCAUACUGGUAAAGUUUUCAAGGUUUUAAAAGGGAUAUGACUGCAUGUCAUGCGCAAUGAACAUACAUUACAUGUGGUUGAGAAA